CAUCUUUCAGACACCAGACUCCAGCCCUGAAGACUGCAUUACAGGGAGGGACACAGGAAAUCGGGGGAUCCACCAUGAAAGCACUGCGGUCUUCACAGUCUCUGUUGCUCUUGAUGCUGCUGUGGGCUGUUUGUAGCGUGUCACAGGUGCAGGCGGAGGGCAAAGCGGUCAAGCUGUGUGGCCGGGACUUCAUUCGGGCCGUGGUCUACACCUGCGGUGGGUCCAGGUGGAGGAGGCUGCUCAGUUUUCAGGAUGUGGAAGAGUUUCGCAAUGAAGAGCAGAACAGCAUUGAAGACCUGAGUGAGAGCGAAGGAUUAGACCUGUCUGCACGAAAUCUAGGUGACCAGAUCAAGCAAGACGGCUACAUGACAUGCUGCCGGAACGGGUGCCGAAAAAGCGACCUGUCCUUCCUGUGUUGAGGAGUGCACUCACUUAUCACACACUCUUCGGUGGAGGUGGAUCCUUCUGGCCUUUACUCAAGAUCUGCUGGCUCUUUCUACUUCUUUCAUGGAACCAAAGAUAAUUGGCAAUUAUGUUAAAGCAGUGAGUGCCUGUAAAAGAAGUGUUAAGGGAAUGUUAACAUCAUUAAGUCAUUAAGUCAAAGGCAAAGUCCCCCUGUUCAAAUGUGAUGUUCAAUAUUUUAUGUGCUGCUUGUGGAGUAAAAAAAAACAUUAUUAUCCUUUCAAACAAUUUUAGGACUGUUAAAAAAAUCUCUGAGAAUUUUGACUGUAUAUUUUGCAGAUUUUGUCUAAUAAAUGUUGCUGCAUAACCACAA